UAUCUUGAGAAAAAUCUCGCGAAUUUCUCAAGAAUCCUCAUCCUUCCAUCGCGACGUGAUGCUUUUGGCAUUACGAUUGGCCGCGUGAAGGUGAUAAGACAAUCUUUGAUUGUGGUGAAAUGGUUCUUGUUGUUGCAGCGAUAAAGAAUAUCUUCUGAGGCUUCCAAUGGCUCAACAGAAUCCCGCUUUGGCCAAGCCAUUCGUCGAGGAGGUGAACUUUGCGGAGAUCAAUCAUUUGGCGAUUGUCGGGAAGGGAUCCUUUGGCACAGUGUACAAGGCCAAAUGGCGAGACAAUUACGUGGCGGUGAAGUACAUUGAGAAUGAGUCCGAGAGAAAUGCAUUUGCGGUUGAGGUGCGUCAGCUCUCGAGGGUGGCUCAUCCCAACAUCGUGGCCCUGCACGGAGCUUGCACUAAGAAGCCCCACGUGUGCCUGGUGAUGGAGUACGCCGAGGGAGGGUCACUCUAUGCCGUUCUCCACUGCACUCCCAAGCCAAUGUACACGGCCGCUCAUGCGAUGAGCUGGGCUCGCCAGUGCGCCCUGGGAGUGGCCUAUUUGCACGACAUGAGCCCAAAGCCACUAAUUCACCGUGACCUGAAACCACCGAAUUUGCUGCUCGUCCAGGGAGGAACAGUGCUCAAGAUCUGCGAUUUUGGCACAGUGACAGACAAGGCAACGCUGAUGACCAACAAUAAGGGAAGUGCCGCUUGGAUGGCACCUGAGGUCUUCGAGAGUUCCACAUACACGGAGAAGUGCGACGUCUUCAGCUGGGGAAUCAUCCUAUGGGAAGUGUUAUCGCGUGAGCAGCCCUUCAAGGAGAUCGAGCACACCUUCACCAUCAUGUGGAGUGUCCACAAGGGCCAUCGCCCUCCUCUGAUGGAGGGAUGCCCGCGACCCAUUGAGAAUCUUAUGACUUCCUGCUGGGACCCGAAUCCUUCAAACAGACCUUCCAUGUCGAAAGUCGUGGCCACAAUGCAGGAGCUCUGCAAGUUCUUACCCGGUGAACAUGUCCCCCUGGAGUAUGAGGACAUCGAAGGGUGCAUAGACAACGAUGUCGACAGUUUGGACAUAAACCCCGAAGGUGACUACAUCGAUUGGGGCUUUGGGACAGAAAGAGACUCAACCAUUGGCACAAAGAAUUCUAGUCAUGUUCCUGACCUCAUUCAAGUCUUCAACCAGACAAAGAUAGCAGAACCAAAUCUCGAGAAAGACAAGGAGAAUCCUGAGGGAACCAACACGUGUAGUCUUCCUCAGGGUGGCGCUCUUCUGGAACCGAUUUCCGUUCAAGUGGAUCCAAACGCCUGGGAAUUGGACCCUAGUAGUGAGGACUUGCAAAUUCUGCUGGGAAAUUUCGCCAAUAGUGAGGGGAAAGAGCGCCUAAGUGUCGCAGAGACGAGAAUUCCCGCGGAAAAGGAUCCUGAGAGACCGGCAACUGGGAAUUGUGAUGUGGAGGACGAUCGUGGGGACAGCUACGCAUCCCUUAAUCUAGAAUCAAUGCAUCUCAUGUUGGAGCCACACUUGCGUCCCGCCACUCCAGAUCCUGAGAAUGAACUCUCAAUGCAAAUAUUCGAGGAGCACAAGCAACUUGCACAGGACUAUUUGAAGUUGCAAACUGAAAUUGCUUAUGUAAAGAAAAACAGGGAUGAACUUCUUGCCGCAAUGAGUCCGCAGGAAAGGCAGGCACGCCAAGAAUACUGUGAAAGACUAGAAGAAAAGGAGGCUCUUCUGAAACUGCAUGCAAACCUGAGGCGCCAGCUUGAACUGCUGGAGAAGGCGCCCAAGAACAAUAACAAUUUUGGCAAUCCACCAGAGUACAAUGACAUUCACAGGGAGGAGCGUGAGCGAUUCCUUCUGGAUGAGCAUCGCCAAUUUCAGCACCUGAAGGAGCAGCAAAAGUUGAGAAACCAACAGAAUCAUACGCCAAAUAAUAAUCAAUCCCUACACGUUCCCACACGAGUGGCUCCACCUGUGCCCGAUUGGGUCCUGAUUCCAUCGAAUAACAACUUUGAGCACGGCGGAAAGGAGUCCAUCCACUGAAAGUAGCUCCCAUAGGACAAGAAGCCCACAUGAUGUGAUAUUUUCCUAAGUGUACGAUGGAGAGAGGGAGAAAAGAAACUAAGGAACCCUUUCACUGUGUCCUUAUGCGUGUCCCACAGUUCAUCUUCCAACUCUCUCUUUUUUUUACCUUUUACUUCAAACUGAUUAAUGUGCCAGUGCCAAUAUAUUUUACACGCAAUCUUGUGACGAUGAAAUGAUAAAAUAUAACUUAUCUACCACUCAUCAUUGUAACCUAUUUUUAAAUUCAAUAUUAAUAGUAUUUGUCUCGAGAUUUCUUUGUACGACCUUUUAUUGCCUAUCAUUGUGGGACAUUUUGCUAAAAUU